AUGUGGUAUUGUGGAAGAAUUCUUUUCAAAAUUGUGUGAAUUUGAUUUAUCAGGAGAUGAAAAGUUGGGUGGGAAGGAGAAUUGGUGGCCAGAGGCUGAUAUUAUUAUAAGUGCAGUGUCAUAGUCAUCCUCUUUUUUUAUUGUACCUCCCCCAUUUAUUACCCCUGUCUCUACUCUUCCAUUCCUCCAUUAACACUAAAUGCCCUCUGCCUCACUUCCCAUCUUCCCUUCUCCUUGUUCCUGAAUUGGCAGCCUUUCUUCCCCAAUAGGGGUUCCUUGUCUCUUUGAAUUUACCCCUUGACCAAUCUCUCUCUCUCUCUCUCUCUCUCUCUCUCUCUCUCUCUCUCUCAAUAGAAAAAUCUAAAAAUAUUCCGUGAUCUUUGUAUGGUCACAGCUUCUUUGAUCUUGGAAGAACCCAACAACAGUUCUUGAAAUAACUCAGGCAAGGGAGAGAGGUACUACUAGCCCUUUUUUUAAUUUUUCCUGAUCCAAGUGUCUAGAUCACAUACAGUGAGAUGGCGUCCUCCAGCUCGUACAACUCUCCGUGUGCUGCCUGCAAGUUCUUGAGAAGGAAAUGCAUGCCUAGCUGCAUAUUUGCACCGUACUUCCCACCUGAAGAACCACAGAAAUUCGCCAACGUGCACAAGAUCUUUGGUGCGAGCAACGUUACCAAGCUCCUCAACGAGAUUCUCCCCCACCAGAGAGAAGACGCUGUGAAUUCGCUCGCCUACGAGGCUGAGGCCCGCAUGAAGGACCCAGUUUACGGCUGCGUUGGCGCAAUCUCAUUCCUCCAAAGACAGGUCCACAGGCUCCAAAAUGAGCUUGAUGCCGCCAAUGCUGAUCUGAUUCGAUAUGCUUGCAAUGAUAUGCAGACAGCAUUGCCGCCAAUGCCACCGCCUUGCCCAAGGCCAAGCGAAUUGGGUAGAAGGGGAAAUGGAGGAGGUUCUCUCCAUCAGAGUUCUGUCUUACCUGCUUCAUAUCCUCCUCCAUGGGGUAAUAACCCUCCAGUGGGAUUCAGUACGCUGCUCUACUGGUUUCCAGGAAGGGAUUAUUGAUACAUGUGAGGGUACGUUUCAGAAGAGAAUUAUUAAUUGCACGUGGAUAUAACUUUCUCUUCCUUUUGCAGCUUAAGUCUUCCAAACCCUUCACUAUUCCCAUU